AGCCUGCAGGUUCAGAAGGACUCCUUCUGUUUAAGCUCCCCUGAAUCUACACCUUGCUGUUCUUCCUCUCCUCAUCUGCAGCUGCCACCCCCUGCUCGAGCAACCAUGGCGCAGCUGACUUCAUUCAGUUCUCGUUCAGCAACUGCCCCUUCUAACUUUUCCCAGAUCCGGAUCAGCUCUGUUUCUUCAUCGCGUGGAAUCAGAGGGGGUGGAAGCUUUAAGAAGCCCAGUGGUUUUGGUAGCGCCAGUUUGUAUAACCUGGGCUCCAGCAACAGGAGGAUUACCCCGUCCUACCCUAUCUCACCUUCGUUUGGAUAUGGCAGUGGUAUUCAAGAGGUCACUAUUAAUCAGAAUCUCUUGUCCCCACUCAACCUGGAAAUUGACCCCACCAUCCAAAAGGUCCGCAAGGAGGAGAAGGAGCAGAUCAUGGUCCUCAACAACAAAUUUGCAACCUUCAUUGACAAGGUCCGAUUCCUUGAGCAGCAGAAUAAAAUGUUGGAGACCAAAUGGAGCCUCUUGCAGCAGCAAAGGACCUCUCCUCGGAGCAACAUUGCCCCCCUCUUUGAGUCAUACAUUAACAACCUGCGGAGACAGCUAGACAGCUUGUACAAUGACAAAGGGCGGCUGGAAGGAGAACUGAAGAACAUGCAGGAUCUUGUGGAGGAUUUUAAGAACAAGUAUGAAGAUGAAAUCAACAAGCGCACCACUGCAGAAAAUGAUUUUGUCGUGCUCAAGAAAGAUGUUGAUGCUUCCUACAUGAAUAAGGUGGAGCUGGAAGCCAAAGUGGAUGCGCUGACAGAAGAAAUAAAUUUCCUGAGAGCGCUUUAUGAAGCGGAACUGGCUGAAUUGCAGACCCAGGUCUCUGAUACAUCUGUUAUCCUUCAAAUGGACAACAAUCGAAACCUGGACUUGGACGGCAUCAUUGCUGAGGUCAAAGCUCAGUAUGAGGAGAUUGCUAAUAAGAGCAGGAUGGAGGCAGAAAGCUGGUACCAGAGCAAGUUUGAGGUCUUGCAAGCCACUGCUGGAAAGCAUGGAGAUGACCUGCGGAACACAAAGAAUGAGAUUGCAGAGAUUAACCGUACAAUACAGAGGCUGCAAGCUGAGAUUGAAAAUGUGAAAAACCAGCGUGCCAAGCUUGAAGCUGCCGUUGCUGAAGCAGAGGAACGCGGUACGCUGGCUGUGAAAGAUGCCAGGAUGAAACUAGAGGAACUGGAACUGGCCCUUAACAAAGCUAAGCAAGAGAUGGCCCACCAUCUACGUGAAUAUCACGAGCUGAUGAAUGUCAAGCUGGCUCUGGAUAUUGAGAUUGCUACUUACAGAAAGCUGCUGGAAGGGGAGGAGAGCAGGUUAUCUGGAGAAGGAGCUGGUUCUGUAAGCAUGACUCUGGUCAGCUCCGGUGGUGGUGGUGGUACAUACAGCAGCGGAAGUGGUCUUGGCUUUGGUCUGGGAAGUGGAAUGGGCAGUGGAGGUAUUGGUUUUACCUCUGGAGCUGGCUCGGGCAGCCUGAAAUCGACAUACAGUAUGACAAGCACAUCCAGGAGAAGCAUCAGAAAUUGAAAUAAGCAAAGAAAGAAUCAUCACUGAAUAAAAGAAAUGUCCCUUCCUUUCCUUGCAACAGAGAAGAAAAUAUGGGUUUGGGAAAAGGGGUUGUUUUUCCUAUGCAUCCCAAAAUGGCCACAACAUCUAGCAGUGAUGAUACAAAUCUAUAAAUUCAUGAGUUCCUCCCUACUUACUUUAAACAUCCUUAAUACUCUUCUUGUCCCAGUUCAGACCAAGGAGAACUUCGCUGUCGAUUUGACUGACAGCAGAGUAAACCUUGGUCAGAAGUGUCUAGAAAGUAACCACACGCUCUGGCUUUGAUGUAAAAAUGUGCUGCAUUUUCCUACCUUUUUUAUUGGGAGUGGUGAAGGAGUUAAAGUCAUACUAAUAAAGAGCUACCUU